AUGUAUAAAACAAUACAAACUAAUACACUUAUCCAAUCACUGUACAAAAGCACGCCGAAUAUAUUAUCACUACAAAGAAUGGCCCAUAGCAAAGUAACAAUUGUCGGCUCAGGCCCCGCUGCCCACACAGCAGCCAUCUACUUGGCAAGAGCCGAAAUGAAGCCAACAUUAUUUGAAGGUAUGUUAGCUAAUGGUAUUGCUGCAGGUGGUCAAUUAACCACUACUACGGAGAUUGAGAACUUUCCUGGAUUCCCUAAGGCCUUGACAGGCUCCGAAUUAAUGGAUAAGAUGAGAGAACAAUCCAUUAGAUUUGGUACCGAUAUUAUCACAGAAACCAUAUCUAAAAUUGAUCUUUCGACGAGACCAUUCAAGUUAUGGAGUGAAUUUAAUGAAGAUGGCGAACCCACAAUGACUUCUGAUGCUAUUGUUUUCGCAACGGGGGCUUCCGCCAAGAGAUUGCAUUUGCCUGGUGAAGAUCAAUAUUGGCAAAAAGGGAUUUCUGCUUGUGCAGUUUGUGAUGGGGCUGUACCAAUAUUUAGAAAUAAACCUUUAGCUGUUGUUGGUGGUGGUGAUUCUGCUUGUGAGGAAGCUCAAUUUUUAACUAAAUAUGGUUCUAAGGUUUUCAUGAUUGUUAGGAAGGAUUAUUUGAGAGCAUCCACCAUUAUGCAAAAACGUGCUGAAAAGAACGAUAAGAUUGAAAUCUUGUAUAAUACUGUCAGUUUAGAAGCAAUAGGUGACGGAAAAUUAUUGAAUGCCUUGAGAAUAAAAAAUGUAAAGACUAAUGAAGAAAGUGAAUUACAAGUUAAUGGUUUAUUUUAUGCUAUUGGUCAUACACCUGCUACUAAGAUCGUUCAAGGUCAAGUGGAUACCGAUGAAGCAGGCUAUAUCAAAACUGUUCCAGGCUCAACUUUGACUUCUGCUCCUGGAUUCUUUGCUGCAGGUGAUGUUCAAGAUGCUAGAUAUAGGCAAGCCGUUACAUCAGCUGGUUCUGGUUGUAUGGCUGCCCUAGAUGCAGAGAAAUAUGUCAGUGAAUUAGAUUAG